UUCUUCUUCUUCAACUUCACGGUUUAGACCUUUGGCCUGUUCCGUCUUCAAGGGUUAUAUAGUUGCGAUAUUAUAGUGUGGUCAUAAAUAUUCAUCUACACAAAGUUUGGUAGUCAGAAUGUCAUUAACUGUUGUCGCAAGUUCAUCAAGUCCACCAAUUGGUUGUUUGUUAGUUGCGAAUUUUAUUAAAGAUACCACUCCUGUUACAAUAAAAUGGGGAAGCGAUACUACUUUACAAGUAACAAGUGACAUCUCCUUCAAUACAAGUUCUACUAUCAGCCGAUACCUUGCUCGAAUUGCAAGUUCAUAUGGUUUGUAUGGAAGUACUGUGCUUGAGCGAACUGAGAUUGAUCAUUGGUUGACAUUCAGCAUUGGGCCGUUGUUGUGUGCCAAAGAAUUUGAAGAAGCAGUUCUAUACCUGAACAAAAUUCUUGGCCCCAUCACAUAUCUUGUUGCUAAUAAACUCACUAUUGCUGAUUUUGCAGUUUUUGGUGCAUUAUAUUGUAGUCAGCAAUGGGAUUCUUCAGUUGUAAAUGGAAAAGCUCCAGGAAAUGUAAUCCGUUGGUACAAUUUCAUAAAAUCAUUAGGCCACGUCCAAGCAUUUCUUACAUCUCUUCCUGAUGAAGCAAAGCCCAAAUUGGGUAUCACUGAUCAGGUUGUGGGUAGAAGUGGGAGAAAGGAAGAGGGAAAGUUUAUGGAACUACCAGGUGCUGAGAUGGGAAAAGUGGUUGUAAGGUUUCCACCAGAAGCCAGUGGUUAUCUCCAUAUUGGACAUGCAAAAGCUGCUCUUCUUAAUCAGUAUUAUCAAGAAGCAUUCAAGGGUAAGCUGAUUAUGAGAUUUGAUGACACAAACCCUGCCAAAGAAAAAGAGGAUUUUGAGAAGGUGAUCCUGGAGGACCUACAGUUGCUUCAGAUUAAGCCUGAUAGAUUCACACAUACGUCUGAUUACUUUGAUCUGCUACUAGAGUACUGUGAAAAGUUGAUGAGGGAAGAGAAAACAUAUGUUGAUGAUACAGAGCCUGAACAGAUGAAACAAGAGAGAGAACUGAGAGUAGAGUCAAGAAACAGAUAUAACUCUGUAGAGAAAAAUUUCAAAAUGUGGGAGGAAAUGAAAAGAGGCACAGAGUAUGGUCAAAAGUGUUGCGUCCGUGCAAAGAUUGACAUGAAAUCAGCCAACGGGUGUUUACGUGAUCCAACCAUAUACAGGUGCAAGAACGAACCACAUCCGAAGACUGGUACUAGUUACAAGGUAUAUCCUACAUACGAUUUCGCAUGUCCAAUAGUGGACAGUGUUGAAGGUGUAACACACUGCUUGAGAACUACAGAGUACCAUGACAGAGAUGAUCAGUUCUAUUGGUUCAUUGAUACACUUGGUUUACGAAAGCCAUAUAUAUGGGAGUAUAGUCGUCUGAACAUGAUGAAUACUGUGUUGUCAAAACGUAAGCUCACCUGGUUUGUUGAAGAGGGUCUUGUAGAUGGAUGGGAUGACCCUCGUUUCCCAACUGUACGAGGAGUUGUACGACGUGGCAUGACAAUUGAUGGUUUAAAGCAAUUUAUCAUUGCUCAGGGCUCAUCUCGAUCUGUUGUUAUGAUGGAGUGGGACAAGAUCUGGGCAUUCAACAAGAAGGUGAUAGACCCCGUUGCUCCCCGUUACACUGCUCUGGAAGCAGAAGUUACUGUUCCGGUACUUGUAAAUGGAGCCAAUCUGGAAACUCUGACUGUAGAAAAGCAUCCUAAAAAUUAUGACAUUGGCACUAAAACUGUCUGGGUUGGUCCAAGAAUUCUCAUAGAUGGUGUUGAUGCAGAAAUAUUGAAGGAAGGAGAAAAUACUACCUUCAUUAACUGGGGGAACCUAUUGAUCAAGAAGAUUAAUCGGGAGAAUGGAAAAAUUGUGUCAGUUGAAGCUGAACCCAACUUAUCAGAUAAAGACUACAAGAAGACAGUAAAAUUAACUUGGUUGGCUGAGACAGACAGAGCGCCUUUUGUACCUUGUAUAUGUGUCUAUUUUGACCAUAUAAUUAGCAAAUCUAUUUAUGUAGGGUGUACAUAUUAAAAGAGGUACAGCCCCGUUGAAGUCAUCUUUAUUUAUUUUCAGACUGAAAUCAGAAUGCUGGGUGAUGCAGAACUUUUGAACCUAAAGAAAUCAGAUAUUAUCCAGCUGCAGAGAAGGGGUUUUUUCAUAUGUGACAGCCCUUAUAAACCACCAAGUAGGUACACAGGACGUGAGUCACCACUUAUUCUGUUCGCAAUACCAGAUGGUCACACCAAAGGGUCUGUGAUCACUGCUCCAGCCAAGAAAACCAAAGAGAUCAGCAACAAAGAAAAAGCUCAGUCAGUGAAAGGAAAACUAGCAGAGAAGUCUCCUCAAGAAGAAGUUGGACCCACCAUUACAACUGAAACAAGUAGACUGAAUGAACUUAUUGCAGAGCAAGGUGACUUGGUCAGGAAACUGAAGAGUAAGAAGGCUUCUAAGGAUGUAAUUGAAACUGAAGUUAAGAAACUUCUGACACUGAAGGCUAACUUUAAGAGUGCAACAGGCAUAGAGUGGAAUCCAGGAGUGUCUUUUUUAUCAUCUGCAUCGACCCCCUCGGCUGAAGUACUUAAUGCCAGAAUUAUCGAGCAAGGCAACAGGGUACGAGAACUCAAGGCCCAGAAAGCAUCCAAGGAAACAAUUGAUUUAGAAGUCAAAGCUCUUCUUGGAUUGAAAGCUGAAUUCAAAAGUAUAACUGGAACAGAAUGGAAAGUAAGUGCCCAAGUGCAAGUUAAAUCUUCUUCACCAAACAUCAGGGAUCAACUUCUUUCCAAGAUCUCUGAGCAAGGCGAUAAAAUUCGGCAAUUGAAAUCUGAAAAAGCUGCCAAGACUGUUACUGACUCUGAAGUUAAAGUGCUGCUUUCUUUGAAAUCUGAAUUUAAAGCUGCUACUGGAGAAGAGUGGAAGCCAGGCUUACAACCAUCUGUAGUUGGUAUUGCAUCAGAAGAAUUCCCAGGAGAACAGCUCUUUUCGAAGAUCGUUAAACAAGGGAAUAUAGUUAGAACAGUGAAGUCUGAAAAGGCUGCAAAAGAAAUUGUAGACACUGAAGUUAAGACACUGUUGGCUCUCAAAGCAGAAUAUAAAUUAAAAAAAGUGCCAAGCAUACAAGAACCUUUGGUAGCAAUGGCAGAUAUGGCCGGGAAGCCUGGGGACGCUGAAGUAGCCGCACUUACGCUGAAAAUUGCAGAUAAAGGAAAUGUAGUGAGACAGUUUAAGACUAGUGGAGCAGACAAGAAUAUCGUGGAUGCAGAAGUAAAGCAGCUGUUGGAAUUAAAGGCACAGUACAAGAAGCUGACUAGCACCGAUUUCCCAGCAUCAGGUGGCCAGACUUCUGGUAAGAAAGAAAAGGUGACUCCAGCCAAGAAACAAUGUGAAGCAAUUGUUCAGAAGGAUGAAAGCCAGAGUGGUUUGAAGAAGCAGACUCGUCUUGGUCUGGAGGCAAAGAAGGAAGAAAACCUAUCUGAUUGGUACUCGCAGGUAUUGACCAAGGCUGAAUUGAUAGAAUACUAUGAUGUAAGUGGCUGCUACAUCCUGAGACCAUGGUCAUAUGCUAUUUGGGAAGCCAUUAAGGACUUCAUGGAUCCUGAGAUCAAGAAACUUGGUGUACAGAACUGCUAUUUUCCACUGUUCGUGUCACGGGCGAUGCUGGAGAAGGAAAAGACACAUAUUGCAGACUUCUCCCCAGAGGUGGCAUGGGUGACCAAGUCUGGUGACACAGAUCUUGCUGAGCCCAUAGCUGUUCGUCCAACCAGUGAAACUGUCAUGUAUCCAGCAUAUGCCAAGUGGGUCCAGUCCUAUCGUGACUUGCCCAUCAAACUCAACCAGUGGAAUAAUGUUGUGAGAUGGGAAUUCAAGCAUCCUCAACCCUUCCUCCGGACAAGAGAGUUCCUGUGGCAAGAAGGACACACAGCUCAUGCGUCCUUCAAGGAUGCGGAGGAGGAGGUCCAUGUUAUCUUAAAUUUGUAUGCCGGAAUCUACACAGAUCUGCUGGCCAUUCCAGUGAUCAAAGGUCGCAAAACAGAGAAGGAGAAGUUUGCUGGUGGAGACUUUACCACAACAGUUGAAGCGUAUGUGUCAGCAAGUGGAAGAGCCAUCCAAGGAGCAACCUCACACCACCUAGGCCAAAAUUUCUCCAGAAUGUUUGAAAUUAUAUAUGAAGACCCUGAGACUCAGGAGAAAAAAUAUGUUUAUCAGAAUUCCUGGGGAAUCACCACCAGAACUAUUGGUGUGAUGAUCAUGAUUCAUGCAGAUAACCAAGGAUUAGUACUACCUCCAAGGGUUGCAUGUUUCCAGGUAGUAAUUGUGCCAUGUGGUAUAACAGCUAGUAUGAAGGAAGCUGAUCGAAAAGCUCUGAUUGAAUCUUGUGAAGAACUGGAGAGAGCUCUGAAAGCUGCAGAGAUCAGGGUCAGAGGUGAUUAUCGGGACAACUAUUCCCCAGGGUGGAAAUUCAACCAUUGGGAACUAAAGGGUGUACCAAUCCGAAUAGAGUUUGGUCCAAAAGACCUGAAGCAGAAGCAAGUAGUAGCAGUUCGCAGGGACACUGGAGAGAAGCUGACAUUUCCACAAGAGACAACAGUGAAUGAUAUUUUGCAGCUAUUGGACACAAUCCACAAUAAUAUGCUGGACAAAGCAACGAAAGAACUGGAGUCUCAUACUGUUGAAUGCAAGGAGUGGUCAGACUUCUGUGCCCAGCUGGACAAGAAGAAUAUCAUACUUGCUCCAUUCUGUGGGACCAUUCCAUGCGAGGAUUACAUCAAGAAGGAAAGUGCCAGGGAGGAGUCAGAACCUGGAGCACCAUCAAUGGGUGCUAAGAGUUUAUGCAUCCCUUUUGUGCAGACUACUGUUAUCCAGAGCACUGACAAGUGUAUCAAUCCGACCUGUGCCAACAAGCCGCAGAGUUUUACACUGUUCGGGAGGAGUUACUGAAUGUGGCAUAUUUUCUUUUAAAUGUAUCGCAUCAAACAUCAUUCAAUGUGACAUUUGUAAUCUUUUACUGAAUACUAAUAGAUCAAAUUUAAUUUGUCAUGUUAAGAUUGUUAAAACAAGUAAUUCUGCAUAAGGAAAUAUUAGCAAGAAUUAUAUCAGUUAUGUUCAUGAAAGUUUAAAUUAUUUCACAUGAUUGUUAUGUUCUUGUCAUCAGUUUGUAUAAAAAUGAUCCAAGCACACUGCAUAAUUGCAUGAGGUCUUGCAUUAUAAAUACAUUUCAUAUUAAAUGGUGGCCCUAUUCAUUAAAUGUGAAAUUGUUUGGUGA